AUGAUGGCCGCUGAUCUCAUCUCACAAACUGUCCAGGUGGCUCUGACAACAUUCGCUACCUACACUCUCACUGCACCCGACCAUGUUCUUACUCCACAAAUCGCCUUUGUUUCGCUCACACUUUUCAAUCAGUUGCGAGGUCCACUGAUGAUGGCCGCUGAUCUCAUCUCACAAACUGUCCAGGUUGUCGUGUCGAAUAGACGUCUGAAGGAAUUCUUGGUCGCCGAGGAGCUGUCAGGGACAGCGAUCGAUAUCGUAGAAAAUGAUGAAUAUUACCACAGAGCGACGGAAUUCUGCAGGGCCUCGUUCGCAGUGGGUCUGAGACGUAAGCGCCACAGCUCGAGAUUCUAA